AUGUUAUUUCUUCUUUUACCGUUAAACAAAUGUAGAAGUAAUUUUGAGAGGUUAAACACUUUAAAAUUAUCUGAUAAUGCUUCAAACGAUAUUUCUAUUGAAAUAAUACCUUUAAAAAUGGGAACUGAUAGAAUACUUAUAAAAAAGAAAGAUGAAAAUAAAUAUCUUAAAGCUAUAAUUUCGGAUGAAAAAGCUGAAUUUGAAUCAAUACCUAAAGAGUGUUUGAUGAAUCAAGAACAUGUAAAAUGUCUACCAUUUAUUUUUAAAAUCAAAAAAGGAAAUGAAAAAGAUUACUACCAAUUAAUAAAUCCAAAAAAUGUUUAUUUGAUUUCAAUUGAUAAUAAAAUGCAGUUAAAAUUUGGGUCAGGUCAAGUCAAAAUGAUAUAUAAAGAAGAAAAUGAAUUGGGAAAGAGGGAUAUUAAUAAUAAUUUUGAUGAAAGAAAUAAUAACAGUGAUACUGAUAAUACAGAAUGUGAAGUUUCAACUACAAACAAAAAUUCAACUGUAAAUGAUUCAAAUAAUUUAAAAGAAUCCAUGGAAAUUGGAUCUAUAGAAACGGAAAUGGAAAAGUUAAAAAAAAGAGUUGCAGAACUUGAAGAAAAACAAAGCAAAAAUGACAAUAUUAACAAUAAUAGUGGUAAUAAUUUAGAUCAACAAAAUAAUUUUUCCAGUAAAAACGGGCAAUCAUUUAAUGGCACAGGUUCAAAUCCUUCUAAUCAAAGUAAUCAACAAUCUGGUGUUUCUUAUGGUUUUAAUCCCCAAUCAUCUGGUUCUUAUAAUUCAAAUAAUCAACCAUAUAAUCCUUCUAAUCAAAAUGCACAACAAUAUAAUAAUACUUCUUAUGGUUCUAAUCCCCAAUCAUCUGGUCCUUAUAAUUUAGAUAAUCAACCAUAUAAUCCUUCUAAUCAAAAUACACAACAAAAUAAUAAUCUUUAUGGUUCUAAUCAACCUCAAAACCCUCAAUUUAUGGGAAAUAAUAACCCCUUGAACCCUCAAACUAUUUUUAGCGGUUUAAAAAAUAAUUUAAUUCAAUCAAAUUAUAAAAAUAAGUAUAAAAGAAAUAAAAAUACAAAAAAUGAAUCCGACAGUUCUGAAGAUGAUUAA